AUGUUACGAGGUCAAAUAGAUAACGAUCCACACGAUAAGCCAUUGUUGGAGGCUGGCAGUGGGAGUGGGAGCGGGCCAGGGAGAGAUGGAUUGGGAAUAUCGGAACAGGAAGCAAUCACAAGAUCACCAUCCAAAGGACGCUCCUUAUCGCUUUCUGAAGGUGGACCUCCUCAACUGUCUCCAUCGCCCAAGUUUCGAGAACCAGAAAAAAAGAAGUCGAAAGACGAUAGCGCCAUCGAUGGCAGUCCUAUUACGCCGCGCAGACCUGCCUUCGUACGCGGUCUUUCCUUGCAAAUGCCAGCUCGCGAUCUAAUGUCACCAAAUACAUCUGCAUAUAUCAGUCGUGCGCCGUUGUCACCCAAGUUGGACCAUUCACAGACAUAUGGCUCGCCAACGAGUGUGCUUCCAAGGAGGUCUCGGGGUCUGGAUUUUUCGCGGGCCGCGACGAACCUUCAUCACAGCACCCUUGCGGAGCAGUCGUCACCCGACUCAUCGCCCACAAUCUCAGGACGAGCUAUGAACAUACCUAAUCGGAAAAACGGGCUUCAUUUCUUGGGCGGACAUGAAACCACAAACAUGAAUUCAAGCUCGUUGUGGUCGACUAUGGCAAAUGCGGAUCGGGCAGGAGUGUCGAGUUCUCUGGGAAGCGUGAACAUGAUGGAUACAGUUUCAAGUAGCGACAGCUCCGACGAUGACGAUCUUAUGGAUGCAGACGAUAUCGAUGAUUCGAUUCUUACAACGCCGCAAGUGGGCAAGAUGGGCACACCGUUUGGAGCCAUCCCUCAGGCCAGUCCAGGUAGUGGAUGGAUGGGCCAGUCACCGGCCGUCAGUAGCCUUAUGAACUUCCAACGCGCUCGACUACGACAUGGCAAAAGUAGAAAGAACUCGAGCAGUGAAAGUGGGAAUUCGAUGGCCAGCCCCAGCUCUAGAUCACCCCCCGCAAUGCGCAGUAUCGAGAGCAUGGCCAGCAACCUUCUUGGAAGAGAUGUGCCGCGGGAAGGCGUAGGUUCCAGGAGGGAAAGCAUCAGCUGGGCGGCCAAUCAGCUACAUAUAUCUGGCAGUGAAAGUGAUGACGGUACAUUGAAAUCUACGUUGGAAAAUGUCGACGGAAUGCCUGUGACACCUGGUCGCGAUGGUCAGAGGGGGGUAAUACGUAGAGUGGUGACCAGGAGAGGAAACAUGCUUCCCAAGCCCAAAGGAUUUGCCCGCAUUCGAGCCGCCCUUGCUGAAGAGGGCGCCCCUGUCGAAACUGAAUUUCGGCGAGAGGCAGAAGUAGUACGCCAGACGCGUGAAAGCGACGUGGACUUGGAGCUCACACGACACCCCUCCAUAUCUACCAGUACAACUACACACUCGUCACCUAACUUGGGACCACAAACACAAGAUUCAUUGGAGGGAAUACCUGAAGAUGAUAUAAUGGCAGACAUCUCUACCGGGCUUUCCAGUAGCUUCAAGCAGCAUGCGAUGCGCAAUUCAAAGGGAAAAGAUUUCUGGGAAACAUUCACAGACGAGAAACAUCGCACACCACCUCCACCUAACUUUCUACCUCGUGGGUCAUCAUCUGGAAUGAGUGAUGACCUCGUCCUUGACUCGCCCACUCCACCCAUACCGAACGAACACCGCAAUUCUUCCCCUUCGAGAUCCGCCACUCCUCAACCAACGCAUGCUGAAAUGACUCAGAAGAUGAAUAAGAAAAGGCGUAGAGACGACGACUUCGACCCUUCAAGCUUCAAAAGAAGAGCUGUUAGUCCUGGGAUGAGCGCGCAUAAUAGUCCCAUCAUGCAAAGUCCUAUGCAGAGAGAUCCAUGGGGUGCUCGGCCGGCUAACAACGGGGAAAAGAGUGUCAGCGGAAUGCCUACUAAGCGGAUCGGUUUGCAAGGCAUGGUGGACACCAAUGAUAGCUUGAUGAAAAUGAGCAUAGAAUAG